UAUGGACAAAUUACAUCCACUAUUCGUUCAUCCAACUUAGAAAUUAUGGAAUAGCUAAUUACCUAGAAAGAGCUAAUUAGUCUAUCCAUUAUUUAUAGUUGAUGGAGAGAAUCAAAAACAACCAAUAAAUUCAAUGCCUAAUAUUUAUAGAUACUCAGUUGAUUUAUUAAAAGAAUUACUGGAACCUUUGGUGAUAAAAGGAUUAAAAGCAGUAUUAAUAUUUGGAGUGAUUGGAAAUGAAGAUAAGGAUGAAUUUGGAUCAAUGGCAGGAGGAUUAGGAAAGGAAUCAUGUGUUCAUAAAGCAUUAAGAUUAUUAAAAUAAGUAUUUCCUUAAUUGUUAUUAAUAACUGAUGUGUGUUUGUGUGCAUAUACAUCUCAUGGACAUUGUGGGAUAUUAACAAAAGAUGGAUACUUAGAUAAUUAAGCCAGUAUAAAAAGAUUGAGUGAAUGUGCUUUAUCUUAUGCAUAGGCUGGAGCUGAUAUUGUAGCACCAUCUGAUAUGAUGGACAAUAGAGUUAGAGCAAUUAAAGAAUUGUUAGAUUAACAUCCAAAUUUGAGAGUUCCAAUUAUGUCUUAUUCAUCUAAAUUUUGUUCAGCAUUAUAUGGUCCUUUUAGAGAUGUCUGUUGUUCAGCUCCUUAAAAGUUUGAUAGAUCUUCAUAUCAAUUGCCACCAGGGAGUAGAUAAUUGGCUUUAUAGGCUGCAGAGAGAGAUUUGAAGGAAGGAGCAGGUUAUUUGAUGGUUAAACCAAUAACUGCAUAUUUAGAUAUAGCUGCAGAAAUAAAGAGAAGACAUCCAGAUACAUUACUUGCAUGUUAUCAUGUUAGUGGGGAAUACUCUAUGUUACAUGCUGGUGCAGAAAAGAAAUUGUUCGAUUUGAAGAGAGUAGUAUUAGAAUAUAUGGAAGGGUUCAUUAGAUCAGGGAUUGAUAUUAUUAUCACUUAUUUCACUCCUGAAUUGUUGGAUUGGUUAGAAUGA